AUGGACCAUGACCUUUCAGAUGCAUCUAACUCGAGCCUGAAAUCAAUUUCGUCGGAUGUCGACCUGGAAUCCCCGCAUAAUGAAGCUCUGGCGCAAACAAAAGACGGGCUAGCAGUUCAUUCGGACGGAGGAGACAUGGAGGCGGCCUACGACGAACCCAUGACGCCGCAGGACUCGGCACAUCAAGAUCAGCCACAUCCUCAAGAGACAGGUCAUUCAUCCGCCGGGAAUGAACAGCCUCCCCAAAAUGACAUCGGGGAGGAUAGCAACGACACAGGUCACACCAUCCGCUCAUCGUCGAACUGGAACGCGGUAGCCAACUAUAGCCUUUUCAACAACCCGCCAAAUCUUGCGAGAAUCCGGCGAGUGAUGUUUGAGUGUAAAGACCCAAUUGAAAUCAGUCUCGACGAGUUUGAAACAUAUUGGCCUUUUAUCGACAACGUCUGGGUAAAACAGAGAUCCAAUUCUAGCAAAGAGGGCCAUUGCACAACGGACUACUACAUGUGUCGUCUGCGGCGUCCAACCCACCGUUCGUCUGAAACACGUCCUUUGCCCGAGGGGAAACGUCCUCGAAAGAAACGAGUGCGAGAAGGCGGCAUUUGCAACUUUCAGAUCAAAGUCGUUAAGUUUGAAGGUGCAUAUUCGACAGUUACGAUUGCGCGGACACCUGGAAGCAGUACAGUACACUCGCAUGAUCUCGAUUAUAUCGACAAAGUCAAGCGGAAUUCGGGCCUUAUGGAAUUUGCUCGGAAGGAAGCAAUAAAGGGCUAUUUGCCCUCCUCGAUCUACACAAAAUUCCAGGAGGAACCUGAGAAACUUUACGAAGCAGGCGGCAAGUUUUGUACAGUCACAGAUGUCCGAAACGUCUCGGCAAAGUGGCGGAUGCAGAAUCCUGAAGUGAGACUCGUGCCACAUGAUGGCUACGAAUAUCAAAAGGGACAUGGGAUAGUGAGAAUCCGUGGGUCCAGCGAUGAUAAGGGAAACCUAUCUGAUUUGAAUCCUCCACAAGAAAAUUCGAAUCAUCCUUUACCGCCAGAUACCUUGCAAUUUCCCCAAUUCAUCUUGGACUUUCUAGAGCCCUACAUGCCCGAUCAUGAUGAAAAGCGCCAACUCCCCCACGUCACUCUAUCGUAUGCAUCUUCUAUGGAUUCCAAGAUCUCACUUGAACCAGGAAUGCAGACUGUUCUGUCAGGGCCAGAAGCGAAAUUGAUGACUCACUACUUAAGAUCCCGUCACGAUGCAAUUCUGAUCGGAGUCGGAACUGUUCUUGCUGACAACCCAGGACUGAAUUGUAGGCUUGAGGGAGCCGGUGGGUUCGGUGGUCUUGGAAGGAUGUGGCAACCGCGGCCAGUUAUCAUUGAUCCCACAGGACGAUGGCCUGUUCAACCCGAAUGCAGGAUGUUACGAACCGCCGUGGAGGGCAAGGGCAAAGCUCCAUGGGUCGUUGUGUCUCCAGGAGCACAGAUCCACCCUCAGAAAUUGAUGAUGCUUAAAGGCCAUGGGGGUGACUUCCUUCGCAUCGUGGAAUAUAAUCAGAAUUGGCGACUCCGCUGGGAAGUUAUUCUCCGUGCCCUUGCGUCUGAAGGGGUCAAAAGCGUCAUGAUUGAAGGUGGUGGGACAGUUCUAAGCGAAUUGCUGAAUCCUGAAUACGCCGACUUUAUCGAUUCUAUUGUCGUGACUGUUGCUCCUACCUACCUUGGCCGCGGCGGCGUGGGUGUCAGUCCCGAUUCGAAACGAGAUGAGCAGGGCAAACCGAAUGCCGCCCUGAAUCCUCGAGACGUAACAUGGAAACCUUUGGGGCAAAAUGUGAUCAUGUGCGGCAAGAUUCGACCUACUUCACCUCCUCCUGAGGUGACAAGCAGUACAGUGAAUGUUGCAGUGAAUCAACAAGAUGGAUAG